GAACUUACCUAUCAGGUGGCCAAUGUACAGAAGCCAAAGUUUUUUCAGGUCUUCUGCGUUUGAACGAGAACUUUAAACCUGGCAUGAAUGAUCCUAACUCUGACGAUUUUCGGAGUACAGCUAAGAAGUUUACUAAUUUGCUGGAUGAAGCUUUGAAAAGUAAGCCUGGCUAUAUAAAGUCCAUAGUUAAAAAGCUAAGUCCUGGCAGUGUGAUAGCUACAGUGGACAAUGUGUUCAGCCUCGACUCAGCGAGUACUGAGCAGAUUGUCACCAGCGCUGUAAGGAAGACAAUAGAGAGUAUGGCAAAUUCUUCCUACAACACUGCGAGUCUGUGUGAACAGGUUCCAUAUCCGUGUGACAUCACAAACUAA